AGGAAAAGCCGUUUCAAGCCUCCUCCGAUCGCCAUAGAUCCGUUCUGCCUUUGAUGGCCGGUUUGAUGACGACAACCCGGAAAUAACGUGCACGAAAUUGCUCUACAUUUAUCCAGAGGCGCUGCCUCACCUGGUUGUUCCCGUUGCCGUGGUAACCGUGGGCGUCAGUCAGGUGCGGUCAUUGGAGCUGAGCGACUCUGGGGAACAGUCAGACUCAACAGUUGGUUUAUAGCUGCUGAACACAGGUAAAAAAACAACAGUACAAGGGGCCCCCGAGAACAUGGACAACUGUGAUUUGGAGAAGCUGUCCGUCUCCGGGGGGAAGCUCCAUCCAGACUUCUCACCAGAGGUGACCGACUACAGGGUGACAGUGGAGAGCAGUGUCAACAAAGUGUCUCUGGACCUGCUCACCAGUGACUGUGGGGCUUCGUACAGUAUUUGCUUUGGUGAUGGAUCCAGCACCAUUCAACUGGACGAUGGGGUGAACAGGGUACAGGUCGAGGUGGUGGCUGAGGAUGGCACCGUGAAGAAGUACCGCGUGGACGUCACCAAGCUGUCUGCAAAGGUCGCAGUGCUCAGUGACCUCACUGUGGACGGAGACAUUCCACUUCACCCUGCAUUUUGUGCCAAACACUUUGAAUACAACAUUAUUGUUCCCUUCCACUGUAGUGCCGUGACGCUGCUUCCCAAGGUGCCAGACAAAAACAUGAAAUUUGCAGUGAACGGGGCGGACGGCUCUCAGCCGGUCCCUGUGACCGUUGGAGACACUGUGGUGGAGAUCUCCGUCGGUUCAGCAGAUGGCAGUAAUUCACAGGUGUACACGGUGUUGGUGACUCGAGAGCUGAUUCCUCUGGCCGUGACCUUCACGGAUGGGAAGCAGCAGCUGGACUACGAAUGUCCAGUGUCCCUGAAUGCUUUUUAUAGGCCCGUAUCCAUCAACCACAGUGACCCGAAGCACACCUUCUCGACGCCAUAUAUUGAGAUGCUGGCACGGAGGUCAAGGGUCGACCCACUCAGCGGCUGUCCGCUGGGAGACGGCUGGGAAGUGGUCGAACUGGACCUGGACAGGGAGAUGUCCGCCACGCCGGUCAAGUGCUUCUUUGCUUACCGAGGAUGUGACAGUGUGGUGAAACUGUCUGAGCUGGGGUCACACUCUCUCGACUGCCCACACAAGCCCUCAGGGGACCUGGACUCAAAGGAUGUCACCGAGACGAGUUGGUACAAGCAGCACUUUGCAUCUCCCGGUGGUUUGGAGAUAGAGACCAAACACAUUUUGGAGCAACGUAACUGGGAGAAAAGGCUACAAACGACAGCAGGAGAAGACAACGUGGAUAAACUGUGUGCCUCGGCCCAGGAUCACCUGAGGCUCUACCGACAGCGCCUGCCCAAACCAGGCGACUCGCUGCAGUACGAGGAUGGCGGGUCUCCUCUGCACAGCCUGGACCAGGCUGCCGUCCACUACGCCUCGGCGAUCAGACUCCGCUCGAAAGAGGCCAGACUCCACUUCCUGCUGGGGCUGGUUCUGGAGGAGCAGCACUACGCCACGGAGAUGUACGGCCUCCAGAGGAAGGCGGACAGGCACAGAGACGAGUUGAGCGACGCCAAAUCCACCGCGCGCCACGACGAAAUCCUCGCCGUGUGUAAACUCCACGGUUUCCUCGGCACGCCCACGGCGGAGAGGCGGCUCCAGGCCCUGGACAGAGAGUACCAGCAGCUCAAAGAGCAGGGCCAGUCGGGCAAGGCCGACUACCUCCAGACGCUCUACAUCUGGCUCGCCAAGCAAACCGGCAAGGAAAGCGGUUCGGCCGUGCGGGACGAAGAGAGCCAGGGCGCCGUGCGCCACGCUCUGCUGAAAUACCUGGACGCCUGGUCUCUGAGUCCGGACAGCUGGGAGUACAACCUCCACGUCGGGAGGCUGCUGCUGCUGCUGCAGGGUCGGAGCAGGGAAGCCCUGCAGCAUCUCCAGAGCGGCCUGGCACUGCGCCCCCUCCACCCGGCCCUCAGAUUCUUCACCGGGCUGGCUCUGCUGCAGCAGGAGCAGAAAGCCUCCGAGGACACGGAGAAGGAGGCUGCUCUGUUCUUACAACAGGGACUGGAGCACUUUGUCAGCCAGCGCUGCAGCAAGAGCUGGUCGGAGCCGGAUCCGUCAGAGACCCUGUCCGGCCUCAACGCGCAGUUCCUGCGAGGCCUCCUCACCCUGGGCCAGCUGCAGCAGAGGAACACGCUGUCUGGGGAGGCCAUGAGUGCCGAACAGGUCUAUCACACUGUAGCAGUGCUGACGGCCCAGAGCGCGAGUCGGUGCGUGUGCAGCGGCUCGGUGAGCGCGCAGCUGGAGUGGGUGCUGCUGGACGCCCACUUCGCCCUGCUGCGGGGCCUGAUCCAGGAGGGCGAGCGCCAGGCCAAGGUCGUCGGCGCCGCCGAGGGGCAGCAGCGCCUGGUGGCGCGGAGAUGCCGGGCGCUCACGGCUCUCAUACGGCUCACCUCCAUCAGCCCAUGUCAGGAGCUGCUGGACAUGCAGGAGAGGGCCUGCCAGCUGGCGGUGGUGACCACGCCCCGGGACAGCCACGCCCUUGGUCUCCUAGGUCUGGCUCAGCUGGCUCAAUAUGGCAACGACCCGAACUCAGACAGGUCAAAGGAAGCCCUGGCCGACGCCUGCCUCAGCUUCCAGGCCAGCAUUGAGCUGGAGAACGCGGCUCAGAGCGGAGAGCCACCCGAACAGCUGAGCAAGCAACGGUGGUGGCAGGACCGGCAGGAGGCUGACAAACAAUCCACCAGCCAGCCGAAAGGUGCCAAGAGCGGGGCGGGGCGGGGCCGGGGAGGGCCUGGUCACGGGCGAGCGACGGCAGCUGUGACCACAGCUCCCGCUCCCGCUCCUGCACACCCACAAGCCCCCGUCCGGGGAGGGAAAGCUGCUGCCAACCGGCCCGCAGCCAAAAUCCCUGCAGCCAGGGGGCGAGCUGAAGCAGCAGCCAAGCCAGAGGGACCAGCUAAACCUUCCAACAAUGCCACUAAACCCCAGCUCCCUGCCAACAAGUCCAAACAGGCCGGUUGUCCCGAUGCUGGUGAGACAGCCGAGGGAGUCUCCGAGUCUUCGGGGCCUCCCGUCGGAGAGCGAGUGGCCGCGUCCGGUCCUACGAACCGCAGCUCCCACGUCUCUCGGCUGGGUCUGGCCCGGGCCCUCUCCCGCUCCGCGGACGCCCAGGACGAGGCACAGCGGCUCUACCGAGAGGUCAUCGCCAUGGCGCCGGGGAUCCACGACGCCUACAUUGAGCUGGUGCAGCUGCUGGAGCCGUCGGACCCUCAGGCCGCCGUGGAGGUUUACUGCAUGUUCCCCCUGAGGCCCGUGGCCGAGCAGAGCUUCGACGACGCCUUCAUCUCGGGAGAGAUCGUCCGCAUGCUCAUGGCGCUGGAGAAGUACGACCACCCGCAGCUGGACUGCAGCCUCGUGGCAUACGGAAAAGUCAUGGGCCUAAGCAGCAUCGAGAAAUACAUCGACAUCUUGGAGGUCAAGUCCAUGCCCAGGCUGCUGAAGAGCGUCUACGCGAGGAUCCACGACCGGCAGGAGGACGACGAGGAUCUGCAGGACUUCUUCAAGUUCAAAUGCUGGAUAUGAAAACGCUUGUGUCCUUCUGGCAAAGGCCUGUAUUGAUCCGUUAGUCGCUUUUAAGCGACUCACAGUUUGCUCAGUCCACAGCAACAAACACUUCACCUUCUCCUGACGCCUCUCAUAUCGGAUAGACGACACUGAGCAUCUGUUUGUUUUUUUUCCAAAAGCACAUUUUAUUUGUAAAGGGAGUUCUCAUUAAAACAUAUUAAAAGUGACAACUUUAACAAGUUGCAGUGAACAGUCUACAAAAAUGGAAAUGGAUGAGAUCCUUAUUCCGAGCCAGAGGCUGCAUGACUCAUUUAUCCAGUUUUCUUAAUUUUUUUCCAUUUAUUUUUUAAAUAUAUAAUAAGGGAAACAUUGCCUCCAAGGCUAAACCGCAGCUUUUCACAAUUUUUCAGGGUCAGACAAAAUUACACAACCCACACAAAAACAUAUCCCAGUUUUUUUGGGGGGUUAAAUACUUCUAAAGAUGAGAAUCAGUUGUUGACCUGCAGAAGGGAAGAACCACGUCGGACCAGGUCCAGAUAGAAAAACCACUGCUGCUGGACUGGAUUGUCAAAGACUCUUUAAAACACAGCUUCAGAUUUGUGAAACCUUCAUUCAAUUUAUGACAAUGCAAAAAAAUAAAAAGGUUGUUUCCCUUAACUGCAGAAUCGGAAGCUAA